GUCGGCCCCAGGGUCCCCCCGUGGGAUUGGGGUGAGCACGUCGGGGGACACCCAGCAUGCAGGAAGGCAGGUGCUGCGGAACAUGCCUCCAGCCUCCAGUGUUGCUGCCCGCGGCUGCACCCACCUGUGCCCAUGGCCUGCACGGGCCCGUCGCUCUCUGGCGCCUUCGACAUUCUAGGUGCCACAGGCCAGGACAAGCUCUUGUACCUUAAGCACAAGCUGAAGACGGUCCACCAGGGCUGCCGAGGGGCAGACCUCCUGCACGCCAUGGUGCUUCUGAAGCUGGGCCAGGAGACGGAGGCCAGGAUCUCCUUGGAAGCUCUGAGGGCGGAUGCAGUGGCCCGGCUCGUGGCCCGCCGGUGGGCCGGCGUGGACAGCGCUGAGGCCCCGGAGGAGCCCCCAGACUUGUCCUGGGCCAUUGCCCGGGUGUACCACCUGCUCGCCGAGGAGAAGCUGUGCCCGGCCCCUAUGCGGGACCUGGCCUACCAGACAGCCCUCCAGACGUUCAGCUCCAGGGACGACCACCGGCUGGCCGAGCUCCAGGGAGAGGCCCGGGACCGGUGCGGCUGGGGCGUCAUCCGGGCCCCUGGGAGCUUCCAGCCCCUUCGCUCCGAUCGGGGCUGCCUCCCGCCAUCCUCGGUGUCCCCCUCGGGCACCCGCAGCCUUCCCAAGCCCAUCGAGGGCCUUUCGGGCUGGAGCAGAGGGUGUUCUCUGAGAUCCACCAGCAGCCCCGCCUCCCUCGCCAGCAACCUGGAAAUUAGCCAGUCACCCACCAUGCCUCUUCUCAGCCAGCACCGCGGCUGUCGUGCGCCCAGCAAGCUGUGUGAGGAGCCCCGGGCAGGCCCCGGGCCCGAACCUGAACCUGCCCCCACAGGCUGCCAGGAGCCUGAGGAAGUGAGCUGGCCACCAUCCGAGGAGGCUACUGCCGGCCCCCAGAUGCCACCAGACAGCCCGGGCCCUAGACUUCCUGAGGUGGUCCCAGAUGCAAGCCCCACUGGCCAGCCCGACGCCCCCAAAGCUCUGGAAAGCGGCACCCGCUACCCGGUGGAGUGCAGCCACGUGCUGGCAGCCCCCGCAUCUCUCCCCUUGCCCCCCAAAACCACUUGCCCUGACAAGGACCAGACCCCCCUCUCACUCCCUGUAGAAGAUACCGCUUCCCAGAGGACCCCCCCAUGCCCCCCCACCCCCUCGGCCCCGAGGACCUCCGCGCCCGGCCCUUCUCCAUCCAUCCCUCCUUCCGCUUGCUCCGCCGCCUGGAAUCCGUGCCCCCCGCCCCCCGAGUUGGAGCCAGAGCAGAAAUUCUACAGCUUUGUGAUCCUGCACGCGGGGGCAGACGAGGACAUUGCCCUGCGGGUCCGAGAGAGGCUGGAGAGCCUGGGCGUCCCGGAUGGCGCCACCUUCUGCGAGGAUUUCCAGGUGCCCGGGCGCGGCCACCUGCGCUGCCUGCAGGACGCCCUCGACCACUCAGCCUUCACCCUCCUGCUGCUUACCCCCAACUUCGACUGCCACCUGGGCCUGCACCAGGCGGGCCAGUCCCUGAUGAACAGCCUCACGCGGCACGAGUGCCGGGACUGCGUGAUCCCCUUCCUGCCCCUGGAGAGCUCGCUGGAGCAGCUCAGCCCGCACACCUGCAGCCUGCUCACCAGCCUGGUGUGGCUGGACGAGCGCUCCCAGAUCUUCGCCAGGAAGGUGGCCAACACCUUCAAGCCGCAGAGGCUGCGAGCCCGCAGGGCCCACUGGAGGAAGGAGCAGGACGUCCGCGCCCUGCAGGAGCAGCGCCAGCAGCUGGAGGGCGAGCGGCAGCGCGUCUCGGCGCUGAACGCCGCCUACUCGGCCUAUUUCCAGAGCCACUCGGCCUGGCAGGCGCAGAUGGAGACGCUCCGGGUGGCCUUCGGAAGCCACAUGCCCUUUGGGACUCCGGGGCCCCUGGGAGCGCCCCCGCCCUUUCCCUCCUGGCCGGGCCACCAGCCGCCGCCGCCCGCGCCCCCGUGGCUGGCCGGCGCCCCGGCACCCGCGCCUGCCUUCCCGCAGCCCCCGGCGCCCCCCCAGAGCCCGGGGCUGCAGCCCCUCAUCAUCCACCACGCGCAGAUGGUGCAGCUGGGCCUCAACAACCACAUGUGGAACCAGAGAGGGACCCAGGCGCCCGAGGACAAGACGCAAGGCGCGGAGUGACCGGUGACCCCGGCCUUGGGGACGCCCGCACCGUGCCCGGGGCGGGAGGAGGAGCGCGACGUCGUCUGCAACCUUCAGGACAUCGCUGGGGAGACCUUCGUCUCUCAGGAAGUCGUGCAAAAU